AUGUUAAACAAAAAUCACGAGGAAGGACACGAGCAUCUAUAUCGCGAUUACUUUGCGGAUAAUUAUGUAUACGGGGCGAAGGACUUCAAAAGAAAAUUUCGUUUGAGUAGGGAUGUGUUCUUACAAAUCGCCAACGCAUUGGAAAGCCGGUAUGAAUUUUUUCAAUUGAGAUAUGAUGCUAGAGGUAGACGAGGGUUUACAACGUUGCAGGAAUGUGCUGCGGCCAUUCGUUUGAUGGCUAUGAGGGAGUCACCUGACACCAUGGACGACUAUAUGAGAAUGUCCGAAAGAACCGCAAGGGAGAGUUUGUAUACAUUGCCAAGGGGUGUUGUUGAAACAUUUGGAGACGUGUAUUUGCAGAAACCUUUGUUGCAUAAUUUGCAAGAAUUGUAUGCGACGCAUGAAGAACGCUAUGGGUUUUCCGGAAUGAUCGGAAGCAUUGAUUACACACACUGGAAAUGGAAAAAUUGUCCGGUAGCAAGGAAAGGGAAAUACACAAGUGGUCAUUAUGGAUCACCUUUGUUGGUUUUAGAGGUUGUUGCUUCUCAAGAUUUAUGGAUUUGGCAUGUAUUUUUUGGGGUUGCGGGUUCCAACAAUGACGUCAACGUUCUUGAUCAGUCACCAAUAUUCGAUGAUCUUUUGAAUGGAAAGGCCUCGGAUGCUCCUUUCAGGGUGAAUGGAAACGAAUACAAAUAUGGGUAUUACCUUACAGAUGGAAUAUAUCCUCAGUAUUCCACAUUCGUGAAGUGUAGUACCUGGUUCCUGCCGGAGGAUUUCUGGAGCAGCAAUAGACAGAGAUUUCUCGCGUAG